AGCUCGCAGUCGUCGUACAGGGCUGUGCACAGUAUGGCCGGCGAUAUUAGCUAGCACUCGCUAACGGUAUUCUCUGCAAAAGGGAAGACGGUAACUGAAGAAAAAUCAUCAUCGUUUGGAUUGUUUAACGGACUGUACACCUAUAAGUUAUCAUCUUAUUGAAUACGGAUUAAUUAAGACAAAACGUUAUAACCGACGUUAUUAUUUUUUUUUUUUUGCGCCCGUCUGUUGUCUCAUGAUGGAAGAUAACGGUGCACAUUUCUUCGAGGGGACCGAGAAACUGUUAGAGUUGUGGUUCUCCCGGCAGGAUGAGACCAAAGGAACCGGGGACCUGCGAACCAUCCCAAGGUUUGAGUGGGACAAACUUUUGGAGAAUGUGCACUGUUUGAUCAUAAGUGUGACAAAGACCGACAAGCAGGAAGCUUAUAUACUCAGUGAGAGUAGCAUGUUUGUCUCCAAGAGACGUUUCAUUUUGAAAACAUGUGGAACCACCCUCUUACUGCAAGCACUGGUGCCUCUGCUGGAACUCGCCAGGGAGUACUGCGGUUUCGAUGCCAUCGAGGUGAGCCGCAGACUCUCCGGCGCCGGCACUCGCCGAUCUCCUUUCGUUUUGUGUGUUCUGAUCGGUGUGUUUGCGUUGCAGAAUUUCUUCUACUCCCGCAAGAAUUUUAUGAAGCCGACCCAUCAAGAGUUCCCUCAUCGCAACUUCCAAGAGGAAGUAGAUUUUCUCGGCCAGAUUUUCCCAAAUGGUGCAGCCUACUGCAUGGGACGUUUGAACUCUGACUGCUGGUAUCUGUUUACUCUGGACUUGCCGGAGUACUGGGAGAACAAGUAUGCGGAUCAGACACUGGAAGUUCUGAUGAGUGACCUUGAUCCAGCCAUUAUGGACCAGUUCUAUAUGAAAGACGGUGUUUCUGCAAGUGAAGUCACUCGUAUGAGUGGAAUUUGUGACCUGAUACCAGGUUCUGUGAUAGAUGCCACCAUGUUCAACCCGUGUGGGUACUCAAUGAACGGAAUGAAGACUGACGGGACCUACUGGACCAUUCACAUCACCCCGGAGCCAGAUUUCUCCUAUGUUAGCUUCGAGACGAACCUCUCCCAGACAUCGUACGAUGAACUUGUCCGGAAGGUGGUGGAUGUGUUCAAGCCGGGAAAAUUUGUGACAACGCUGUUUGUCAAUCAGAGCUCGAAAUGUCGCAGCGUCUUCUCCUCUACUCAAAAACUCGACGGGUUCAAGCGCCUCGACCGCCAGCUGGCUCAGUUCAACGAUUACAAUUUUGUGUUCACGAGCUACGCCAAGAACUGCCAGCAGAAUCAGAAGAGCUGAGGGCGGGAGAUGAAGAAGAGGCGCAAAAAAGGCGGCCGCUCGGGGUCCCUUCCCGGUGGCCGCCUCCCAAUAGAAACCUUCUCGUCGUCCUCAUCCCGCCUACUUCCUCCCACCUGCGUCUCCCUUCGUCACGACUCCCCCGGCGGCGACAAGCUCGGCUUAACCUCCAGUUGGAGUUGUUUGCGUUGUUGUAUCUGUGACUUAGACUUCUUGCAUGAAAGCUCUUUUCUCUGUUUCGAUAUGCUAGCACACUCUUGCUGUGAUCUUGAAGUGCAUGCGGAGGAAUCAAACGCACUCCAUGUGAGGCUUUCCACCUGCGAGCGGUCCAAAGGGCCCUACCUGCAGGUCUCCUCCCUCAUCCCCCACAGACAGGGCUUCCGGCCGCAUUAAGUCCACGCCCCUGACAUGCUCAGAUGAGUCUUCCUUCAUUCAGUCGUUCAUACGACCCACCGUUUGCGUUCCGAUGCGAGGAUCAUACAUAAAGGAGUGCACUUUAGAGCAACUUGUUUUGUUUAACCCAUGAUAUGAAAAUGAAAGCUGGCCUUUGAUCUCUCUGAAUGUACGAAUUGUAUUAAGCCAUGACAAUUUCAAUAAUCAUCAUGAAAUAUCAAGUUGUCAUCACUUUGAUUAUCCAAAUUCAAAUAAAGCGUACAAACCACAAAAUUGCAGCAUUUAACUCAUGGCCAGUGAAGAGAACCUUUUUUUUUAAUAUAAACACCAUACUGUAUCUACAGGAAGCAUUUAGCUUCCUGUCAUAUUGGUUUCUCAUUCACGUGGAAAAGGAAUGUAGCCCGGGCUGCUGACGCCGUCUCGCCCACGUCAUCUUUCGAAUGUACACGUCUUGUCGAGAAAAGCCUGGUGCACUUUUGAGUUGAAUGUAUGACUUCAGGCCUGCGCAUACUGCCGCUGCCCCCCCCCCCCACACCCCCCACUUUCCCGUGCGUCGUGCACAAUGCCCUCUGCCGACUGUCUAUUGUCCCUUUCCCAGCAAGGUCUUACCUUGCCGGCCAGCCAGACCAGUCAGUGGGCCCCAGAAUUCGAAGGGAGGUGAGCUGGCAUGGCAUCAUGAAUCAGAAACUUUUUGCUUGCCCAGCAAAGCAUUUUCUCCCCUUAACAAUAUCCAUCCCCUCUGUCUCUUUCCGCCCCAUACAAAAAUGUGUAAGCGUACAAUCGAGGCCCAGUAGUCUGAGCAUGCCAGGGUCAUCCCGGAUCAUUCCACGUCCAACCACUGCACCAUCUGCCAUUUUAUGUCGUUACUCGUGCCCAGACUUUUUUUUUUUUUUUUUUGCUGUGAAUUGGGCUUGCACACUUUUUGUUUGCAUCAAUGCCCUUUUGUUAAACUUUGGGCUCUGGGGUUGAGGGGGGGGGGCAUAUCAACCAGCGGUCCGUGUAACUAGAGAUCGAGUGCUAGACUAUGUGGUGCAGCCCCACCAGUUUGCCCCCGUUUUGCCAGCAGCCCCGUACUUCCCGCCGCACGCUCACCAUCCAAGUCUUCCUUUUAGCUUGAGCUCAGUGCAGGUAGCUUCUCACCACCUGCUGCGGGGGCUUUUUUCAAUUGAGAAGGUGGAGACGAUACAAUUUCAGAGGAAGGAUUGACCCGCAAGCACCACUCUGCUCUUGUAUCGCGCAUGAAUGAUCUGGCACUUGGUAUAGUUUUUUUUUGCUGGUUUGUCUGUCAUGGCCUUUUGGAGUGGUUUCAUUAUUAACUCAAGGACCAACAUCUGCACUACUUGACCGCCUCAGCUCGGCAGACCCGCCGC